AUGAAGCCUGGGAACGACAGGACGGUAAACAACUUCCUCAUGACUGGACCAAAGGCUUUCUUGACCUACGCCAGCAGCGUGCGAGUGGGCGCACAGAGAGGCAUACAGGAGUGCAAACACCAGUUCGCUUUGGAGAAGUGGAACUGUCCAGAGAGCACACUCCAGCUAUCGACACACAGCGGCCUUCGACGUGCUACAAAAGAAACAUCUUUUGUCCAUGCUAUCAGCGCCGCUGGAGUAAUGUACACCCUCACCAAGAACUGUACAAUGGGAGACUUUGACAACUGCGGCUGCGAUGACUCCAGAAUUGGACAGACAGGUGGCAGAGGAUGGAUAUGGGGUGGCUGCAGUGACAAUGUGGCGUUUGGAGAGAAGAUCUCCAAACAGUUUGUGGAUGCGCUGGAGGGUGGGCAUGACUCGCGCGCAGCAAUCAACUUACACAACAACGAAGCGGGCAGACUGGCAAUCAAAGCUACCAUGAGGAGAGCCUGCAAGUGUCACGGAGUUUCCGGGAGCUGCAGCAUCCAGAGCUGCUGGAUGCAACUGGCCGAAUUUCGAGAGGUGGGCAACUACCUGAAAACGAAAUAUAAUCACGCAAAAAAACUGGAUAUGGACAAGAAACCAGCGAGAGCGGGGAACAGCGCCGUCAACAGAGGAGGCAUCGCGCACACUUUCCGAAACAUCGCCCGAACGGAGCUCAUUUACCUGGAGGAUUCACCAAACUACUGCUUGAAGAACCAAAGCCUGGGGGUGCAGGGCACGGAGGGGCGAGAGUGUCUGAAAGGGAACAGGAGCAUGCCCCGGAGGGACAGGAAGAGCUGCCGCAGGCUGUGCUUUGAGUGCGGCCUCAGAGUGGCUGAGAAGCGCAUUGAUGUUGUCAGCACCUGCAACUGCAAAUUUCACUGGUGCUGCACGGUCAAGUGCGAAAAAUGCACACAAGUGGUGACUAAAUAUUACUGCGUGCGUAAAGACAAUGGGAGAAAGCAGAAAGCGAGGCGCAGGAACAACGCGCACAGACAAUAA